AUGAUGUUUCCUCUCAAUACCUCAGAAGAUGAACUCUCUCUAUUCCUGUUGAUUGGGAUCCCAGGGCUUGAGCGUAUGCACAUUUGGAUCUCCAUCCCUACCUGCCUCAUGUACCUCAUGGCCAUCCUGGGCAACUGCACCAUCCUAUUUGUCAUCAGGACAGAGCCUUCCCUACAUGAGCCCAUGUAUUAUUUCCUCUCCAUGCUGGCCUUAUCGGACCUGGGCUUGUCCCUCUCCUCUCUUCCCACCAUGCUGAGGAUCUUCUUGUUCAAUGCCAUGGGGAUUUCUGCUGAUGCCUGCAUUGCUCAGGAAUUUUUCAUCCAUGGAUUCACAGACAUGGAGUCCUCGGUGCUCCUGAUCAUGUCCUUUGAUCAUUUUGUAGCCAUUCGCAACCCCCUGAGAUACAGCUCCAUCCUUACUAGCUCCAGAGUUUUGCAAAUUGGGCUGACAUUUGCUAUUAAAAGCAUUCUCCUGGUUCUGCCCCUUCCUUUCAUUUUAAAGAGACUCAGAUACUGUAAUAAGCGCCUGCUAUCCCACUCCUACUGCCUCCACCAGGACGUCAUGAAGCUGGCGUGCUCUGACAACAAAGUUAACUUUUACUAUGGUCUGUUUGUUGCACUCUAUAUGAUGUCAGACAGUAUGUUUAUUGGUGUCUCCUAUGUGUUUAUUCUGAAGACUGUAUUGGGUAUUGCAUCCCAUGGGGAACGGCUUAAAGCGCUUAACACCUGUGUGUCCCACAUCUGUGCUGUGCUCAUCUUCUAUGUGCCCAUCAUCACCUUGGCUACCAUGCAUCGCUUUGCCAAGCAAAAGUCCCCUUUGGCUAUGAUUGUGAUAGCUGAUGCAUUCUUGCUGGUACCACCCUUGAUGAAUCCCAUUGUGUAUUGUGUAAAAACUCGGCAGAUUAGAGCGAAGGUCCUGGAAAAGUUGGAAAAACUGGGUCUAAAGUCUAAAUGA